CUUGUAUCUGUGUUGCGUGUGGCGUAAUAUCGUUCCUCGUACACACCACGUGUUUGACUAUCCGUGCGUUCGAACAAUAAGCGUGUUGUUUUUCUAAGAAUACAUCGAAUAUUUGAAAAUAAAUCAAUUUUAUUAACUAUGGAGAAUAAUGAUACUUCUGACAAAAAAAAGGCGCAUAGAGAUAGACGUUCAGGAAGAAAAGCUGAAAAAAAGAAAGCUAAAGACAAAAAUGUAAUUGUUCAAACAUUAACAGAUAAUCAACGCAAUCCGAAAGCAUUUGGAUUCAAUUCAGCUGUUAAAGCUGAGAGACGAUUCAGACGCAAACAAGAUUUGGAUACUAAAAAACAACAUAUUCCCUUAGUGGACAGGACUCCUAUUGAACCUCCACCUAUAAUGAUUACUGUUGUUGGUCCUCCUAAGGUUGGCAAAACUACUUUGAUAAAAAAUCUCAUCAAACUAUGGACAAAAGCUCCUAUGACAAAUAUUCAGGGUCCUAUAUCAAUUGUAAUAGGUAAAAAAAGACGAAUUACCCUUAUGGAGUGCAACAAUGAUAUAAAUUGUAUGAUUGAUUUGGCUAAAGUAACCGAUUUAGUGCUAUUAUUAUGUGAUGCUAACUUUGGACUUGAAAUAGAGGUAUUUGAAUUUUUGAAUAUAUGUCAGGUUCAUGGAAUGCCAAGAAUAAUCGGUGUUCUGAAUCAUUUAGACAUGAUUAAGGAUAGUAAAAGAUUAAAAACUACCAAAAAAACUAUCAAACAUAGAUUUUGGACUGAAGUUUAUCCAGGUGCAAAGUUAUUCUACCUAUCAGGAAUAAUUCGUGAAGAUUAUCUGAAAAAUGAAGUGAAAAACUUAGGUCGUUUUAUAUCUGUUAUGAAAUUCCGACCCCUGAGUUGGAGAAGUACGCAUAGCUACUUAUUGGUGGAUAGACUUGAAGACUUGACAAGUCAGGAACUUAUCAGUUCCAACUCAAAAUGUGAUAGAACUAUUUCUUUAUAUGGAUACCUUCGAGGAGUUCCCUUAAGAAAAGGAUCAUCUGUUCAUAUAGCUGGUUUAGGCGAUAUGAAGAUACAUGACUUGUCUUUCCUACCAGACCCUUGUCCCCUUCCAGAAGAACUCAAAAAAAGAGGUCUAAAUGAUGAAGAAAAAAUGGUAUAUGCUCCUUUUUCUGGUAUGGGAGGAAUAGUUUAUGAUAAAGAUGCAGUUUAUAUAGAGAUUGGUGGUUCCCAUAGCCAUAAAGAAAGACGCAAUGAUGAUGAAGUUGAUAAUAUGGUUACAAAUCUCAUUGAAAUAAAGAAAACAAUCAACACCAAAAUAGAUAAUUCAGUAAUGAAAUUAUUCUCUUCAAGUGAAAAAAUAAAAUCAAAAGAUAUGGAAGAAGAGGGUGAAUUUGAUAGGCUUAUCAAGGUGAAGGCAGAUGAAAAAAUAAGACAAGACGUAAAUCCUAAAGAAAACGAUAAUGUACUGGGUGGUCUGCUUAAAGAUAUCUCUUGCAAGAAACAUGCAACAAUCCGUAGAGAAAAUUUAAAUGCUUUCGAAUCAUCUUUGGCAGAACCUUGGAAUGAAACUGGGAGAGACUGAACUACUGAUGAAAAUAAAUGGUCCAUUAUAAAUUUAUUCGUCACUGGUGAAUGGAAAGACAGUGCUUACGAAUUAAUUAAGUUCGAUGAUGCCUCAGACAGUGAUGUAGAGUCGGAAGAUCUAAGUGAGUUUGAAGAUUUCAAAACUGGGGAGACUACAAAACGGAAAAUGAAUGGAGAUGAAAAUGACGAUGAUUACAGAGUUUUGGUAGAAAAAAAGAGAAAACUAAAAGAAAGAUUUGAUGAGGAAUACAACACCGGGGAAAAAAACUCAUAUUAUGAUGAACUGAAAUUAACAGCUGAAAAACAGGCGAAACUCAAUGAAACUUGUUUUGAAAAUAUGCCAGAUGAAAUAAGAAUUGAAAUUGAGGGUUUUCGACCUGGAAUGUAUGUAAGGAUGGAGUUUCAAGAAAUACCUGCAGAAUUCAUAUUGAACUUCAACCCAAAAAAUCCAAUUAUUAUUAGAUCUCUCAACAUGACCGAGGAUAAAGUAGGAUAUGUGAAUGUAAAAAUGAAAAAACAUAGAUGGUACAGCAAAACUUUGAAAACUGCUGAUCCACUCAUUUUCUCUCUUGGGUGGAGACGUUUCCAAACUGUACCAUUGUUUUCAAAAAUGGAAGAUGAUUUGAAAUUUCGAUACUUGAAAAACACUCCAGAGCAUACACACUGCAAUGCCCACUUUUGGGGACCAAUGACUCCACAAAAAACUGGUUUUCUUGCAUUACAAAGUGUGGAAUCGAAUACAGAGAUUUUGAAGAAUCAGGGAUUCAGAAUAGCUGCCACCGGGAUCGUCCAGGAAUUGGACAAAUCUACAGAGAUAAUAAAGAAACUUAAACUAAUAGGUUAUCCUAUGAAAAUUUACAAAAAGACUGCUUUCAUAAAAGAUAUGUUCAAUAGUUCUUUGGAAGUUGCAAAAUUCGAAGGGGCUAAAUAAAGAACUGUGUCUGGCAUCAGAGGUCAAAUAAAAAAACCUGUUGGUAAACCUGAGGGAGUUUUCAGAGCAACUUUCGAAGAUCAAAUAAAAAUGAGUGAUAUUGUAUUCUGCAGGACUUGGUAUAAAGUCGACGUUCCACAAUUUUAUAAUCCAGUAACAAAUCUUCUACUACCAAUUGAUCAGCAGAACACAUGGAAAGGUGCAAGAACAACAGGCGAAAUAAAACGAGAAAGAAGUAUUAAAUCUCAAGUUAACAUAGAUCACUUAUAUGAGCCAAUCGUCAGGGAAGAAAAACCAUUUGCACCUCUUGUUAUUCCCAGGAAACUCCAACCUUCGCUGCCUUAUGGAGAUAAACCAAAACAUGGAAUUAAAAUGUCUGAAAAUAAGAAGGGUACUUCGAGAGUUGCUGUUGUUUUGGAACCUCACGAACAGAAGGUCAAGUCUAUGAUAGGAAUGAUCGAGACUGCUUAUCAGCAUAAGCAGGAGAAACAAAAACAACAAACAAAAGAAAGGCUUGAAAAACAUAGGCAUUUCAUCGAAGCACAAGAAGAAGCGAAAAAUAAAAGGGUAAAAAAUAUGAAAAAGAAAAUUAUGAGAAAUAGGGUGAAAAAGAGAUGAUAGGUUUAACACACACAUGUACACUAUCUAUAUUCUAAUAUAUAUUACAUCUACAAGGCAGUGUUCUUGGCCCCAUUCUGUACUUAUUGUACACUGCAGACCUACCAACCAACCCAAACACAGUAAUGGGUACAUUCGCGGACGACGCAGCCAUACUAGCGAGCAAUGAAGACCCGGUAGAAGCUUCUCACUUGCUACAGACUCACCUAGACCAGAUACAAGAAUGGCUGCAUAAAUGGAGAAUAAGGAUCAACGAGACCAAAUCUGUACAAGUCAAUUUCACACUGAGAAAAGGCCAGUGUCCACCAGUAAGAAUUAACAACGUCCAGAUACCAAAAUCCCCUAUAGUGAAAUACCUCGGAUUACACAUGGAUAAAAAACUUACCUGGAAGGAGCAUGUAGUCAAAAAAAGAAAACAAAUAGACCUGAAAAUUAAGAAAUUACACUGGCUCAUUGGUAGGAGGUCAAAACUAUCACUGGAAAAUAAAAUUCUCAUCUAUAAAACUAUAAUAAAGCCUAUCUGGACCUACGGAAUCGAGAUCUGGGGAUGUACCAGCAAUUCGAACAAAUCUAUCAUCCAAAGAAGCCAAUCUAAAAUCCUCAGAAUGAUAACCAAUGCCCCGUGGUACGUUACAAAUCAAACCCUACACGAAGACCUGAAGAUACCGUAUGUAAAGAGCGUCAUAACAGAAAACAGCACCACACAUCACACAAAGCUUGUGAGCCACACAAACACUUUGCUACAACCACUGACUCAAUUGCAGAACGAUCGGCGACUUGAAAGAAAAUGGCCAGCAGAUUUGAAGGAGACUUGAAGAGGAAUUGUCACUGGACAGGACCUCAUCUUGACACUUAGGAGCGUUCAGCUCUGAAGCCAUCAAAUGAGCUUAUAGAAUGUUUUUUUUUUCUGAUUGCUUGUAACAACUAUUAUAAUAAAAAAAAAUAUUACAUC